GCCAGUCUCGACGUCCACUCCGCGCGGUCCGCCUGUUUCCCACAAACUAACAUUUAAUCCUUUAUUUAUAUACAUAAUAUACGUAUAACCACGUGUGUGUCAUUUGUUUACAAAACGCCAUAUUAGUUUUACUUUUUUUUUUCGAGGGAAACGACGAGAACUCGCAGCGUUCGGAAUUCUUAAUUCAAAUUGUGCGUUUCGGAUACUUUGGUGAAAAUUGUGUGGCAAAUUUAAAGGAUUUAACGCAGGGCUCUUCUUUUGCAAGAGUCAAAACGCAACCGGAACGAAACCACAGACGAACGCCGCGGGAAGGCGAAAGACCGCGGACGAUCGAGACAUCCCGAACAAUACGACCGGUGACGUCACAACAUGGCGUCCACCGACACCUCGACCUCCAGUCAGAUAUCAGCCGCCGCCACUGAAGAACACAAGCGCACGGUCGACGAAGCUUUCCUGAACAAGUUGAAAGGGCUCGUCGAACGGUUGAGGCUUGAUAAUGCAACCUUGAAGAAGUCACUCGACAUCGAGCGGAGCGAAGUUAGAGCGCUUAAGGCCCAACACGAGAGCACGAUAAGAAACAUAAAGACUGAAUGCAAGAAGAAAGAAGAACAUUUAGAAAAACAACUGAGAACAGUCGUUGUAACGGAGAGAGUGGAAGAAGCACCAGGAAACAAUAAGAUGGUAGAGCUCAAAAGAUUAACGACAGAAAUUCAGUCUUUAAAGGCAGCGAACAGGGGUCUUCAAGAAAAACUCAAGGUAGCGCAGGCGGCGGAGUGCGCCCGCGCGGCGGAGUUGCGCGCGCAGAUGGCGAAGCACAACGCGCUGGAGCAAGCCGCGCGGCGGGACUCGCGUGCGCAGUGUCACAAACUGCUGGAGGAAAUCAAAUCGAAGGAGCGGGUGAUCAUACAGCUGAAGAGGGCGGCGGGGCGGGCAGCAUCAAAUGAGCAGGCGCAAAGGAUGGAGUGCGGCACCACAGACUUUUGCAGAAAGCGUGGUGACCAGGCAAAAGAAAAGAGCAAUCGAGAAGAUUUGAAAACAGAUAUACAACAUCGGAAAGAAACUUAUUACAGGGAGGUGCCGUCUGACGGAGACUCGGCGGUGUCCUCCGCGCCUGCCUCCCUGUCGCCUCAGCCGCUCAACGAGAUGUGGUCGUGCGGGCAGUGCCGGAGCGCGGCGGAGCGGGCGGCGGCGGCGGCGCGCGAGUGCACGCGGCUGGCGGACGCGCUGCGCGACGCGCGCGACCAGCUCGAGCUCAUGGAGUUCCGAUUGCUCGAGUUGGAGGACGCAGCUCCGGAUAAGGGUGCUAGGGACAACCUAACAGACUCGGACUCGGGCUGCGUGUCCCCAGGCUCUCGCAUCAAAGACUCGGCGUCCCCCGAACUCAAGCGAAUGGACUCCGGGUACAAAUCCCCGCAGCCGAGCAGCCCCAACCCUCGAAGGCAUCUCACGACGCCCCACGAUGACUUCAAGGAAGACUUCGCCAAAGCACAGGUGUUAGCGGACAUCCUGGACUCGGAGAACAGCGACUCGUUGAAGAGCAAUCCGGUAAAGGAGCACCUGGAACAGAUGAUCCUGAACGCGGCUUCGGCGGAGGAUAGAAGCUGCUUGGAACAGGUCUUGAUGAUGCUGUACAACUUCCAGGCGUUGAGCAGUUCUGUUAGUGAAGACGAGUGCUAUCAGACAAAACCUAGAAGAAUAAGUGAUCUGAGACUAAAAUCCGACAUAGACAUUCCAUCGCACAAAACCCACAAGGCGAUAGCAACUGUAACUCCGUACCAACAAAAGGGCUACAAAUCGGAGUCACUGGAAAGUCUCUGCGAAGAUCGGAAACCAAAUAACAUACUGCAAGAGAGCGGUAUCUUCGAAGGCGUUGAGACAGAGUGCAGAGGCACUCAGACGGACAAUAACGACAGCUUCGAAUACAACGGUGAACUCAACACCGAAAUACAACGACUGAAUAGUAUAAGGGAAAAGUUAGAGAAACAAGGAGUUAGAAAUAGGACGCUAAAUAAGGAGGAUGGAGACAGCCUAGAAUGCAAGUGUGUAAAGCUUGGAAAGAAACACAAACAGUAUUACGAGAGGAGGCUAAAGUUUUUGGAGGGAAAAAUAUCGAUAUACGAAGCGGCACAAGACGUCAAGGAGGCCAAAUUAGCGCAGAGGUUGCAAAAGGAAUUUCUGCUCGAAACUAAAAUACAGGAACUCGAAUCGCAGUUGUUAGACCUUCAAGAUAAAUAUGAGAGGCUAGAGGAGGAGUGUUGUGAACUAGAAGAAAUUGAAAAUGAUACACGAUUACAUUGGCAACAGCUUGAAAUGGACUAUGAGCUCUGUUCAGCGCAACUAAGAGACAUGACGGAGCAGAGGGAGUGUUCGCGCGCGCAGGCUGAGAGACUCAUGACGGAGUUGACCAAGAGAGAGUGCACGCUCAAAGCUAGAGAGAAUGAAUUGCUAUCGAGGUUGGACAGUUUAGAAAAAGCAGUACCAGCUCUUAUAGCGUGGAAUGUUUUGCGAGCUGUAGGGGCUACUAUUUCAUGUGGCAGUCAGCGUGCUCUGAUGAAUCGCAUGGGUUCACUCAACCAAAACCCGAAGGAAGUGGUCAAACAGUUGAAAUACGAAAGUCAGAAAGAGUGUGGUACAGUCGUCGCCUACAACUAUCUGCAAACUGCAGCAUCACCCGCCACGAAAGAGUUGCAGAGCCAAAUUGUUACGUUAUUGAGAGAAAAGAAAGAAGUUGAAAAGCAAACGGAGCGGUUAAAAGAAUCAUUAGAAAAGAAAGUAAAAGACUUGGAAGAAGAGCUAGAAACGACAAGAAGGCAAGUUGAUGCGGCUGUUUGCGGGGCUGAAUAUAAAAAAGAUAAAUUAGAAGAAAAAAUAGUAGAUUUAGAAGAUCAGAUAAGGAAAGAAAAAGAAGAUGGAGAGCUCCCGCCAGAUCCGUUCACAGCAUCCAAAAUUCGAGCACUUUUGAACAGUGAGCAAGAAUUAAAGAACAGAAUAGCGGAGUUAGAGAGAAGAGAGACCGCAUAUUUGGAGAUGUUGACUCAAGCUGAUGAUAUGUGGGCGGAAAUGGAAGGUGGUUAUAAAAAGAAGAUUGAAGAAUCGCAAGCUACGGAGACACAGUUAAAGUGCAAAGUUAAGAAAUUAGAAACAGAACGAGAUCAAUGGAAGAACUGCUUUGAACCUUUAAAGAAGAAGCUAAGAGAAGUAGAAGAAUCGGAGUCUGGUAUGCGAAUAGCUUUGGAAAAGGCCGAAAGAGAUGCAAAAAUACUCAAGAGUCAGAACAACAAUUUAGCUGCAAUGUUUGGAAAGGCAGAUGCUGAUUCAAAAAAAGCUGAGACUACUGUUAAGGCAUUAGAAAAUAAGUUUAAAAAAGAAAUUGAGCAGCUCCGCAAAAUGAACAAACAAUUGGACGAAGAUCUGAAGAGUCAUAGAGAAUUGUCCAAAAAGACUGAAGUAAGCUUUAUGGGAGACCUCGAAUGUAUCCGAAAGGAGUUAAAUAGGGUGUGCAAGAACAAUCAAGAACUGGAGGUUACUAAUAGUGAACUUAAGGAGGAGGUUGAAUCUCUGGAAAAGCAGCUAGCGUUGACGCAGAAAGCCUUGAACCAAUGCAAAAGGAAAUGCGACGAUAAACUAAAAACUAUGAGCCAUGAAUUGUCAAUAAAAACAGAAGAAUUAGAGGAGUUGAGAAGUGAAACGAUGAGGCAAUCUUUUCACGCAUCGCGAAUAGAUUUAAAGCCGGACAGGACGGAAUACGUCGACGAAGGUUACUCUAUUUACACUGCCGUACCAAAGAAGACUGAUUACGGAAGAAUGCAUCAUAGCAUGAGUUAUAUAACGUCAGAUUCACGGUGUUCGUGUCCGGCCAUGAGAAGCCAACUAGUCAGCCAACUUAUUGAGGAUCUGUUUGAUCGAAUUCACAACACAGCAGACGACGACUUAACAAGACUGUGCAAAGAAAUAGCGCCUGUUAAUGGAAAAAUUACCGCAGAAGCAAAAGCUAAAAUCACAAAUUACCUCUUAAUGGCUAUCUCCAAGGAGCUCAUCAGGUCUAUUGGAGAUGCGGAUGCAAAGACUGACAGUGAGGAAUGGCAACGCGCGGUGUCGUCGAUGACGUUCGCGCCGUACGCGUGCGCGGAGUCUGCGGCGCUGUCGGGUAACGCGGGAGUAGUGCGCGGCGCGGCGCGGCUCGCGAGCGUUAGUUGCGCGUGCGCCGCCGCCCGCCUGUGCGCCGCUUCGCCCGAGCUCGCUGACACUGUCAAGAUUUGUCAAGAGGAGGUGUUGGAACAUGGCGAUGUUAAAAUCAUGGAGGAGCAACUGGCGAAUGCGAUCGAAAGUAUUGUUAAUUGUCCAUCUUGUGCGUUGGGUACAAAUGCGAUAGUUUGGAGCACGGACGUCUAGUGCCGUCUAAGGUGCGAAUUUAUGUAAUUAACCUCCACCGACCUCAAUCUGGUGCCUUCAUUAGUGUAGCGAAUUUAAGCGACCUGUAUGUGUAUAUACACUGUAUUAUACUAAGAAUAGAAGUCCUAAGUAUAAUAAAAAUAAUAUCUAAUAAGAUAAACGUAAGCGAAGUCCACAUAUCGAACAUAAAGAGUACCUUCAUUUCGACUAAGAAACGACUAAAACAUUUGUUUUUAUUAUUUUUAUUUUUCAUUAAUUUAUAAUUUCCGUGCCAAUUAUUGUGUUUCUGUAAAUAUUAACUUUUAAUCGCGAAUAGCUUCUUUUUAUUUCUAAUUCUUAAAUUGUGACUUGCAAACCGAGUUUUGCAUUGCAAAUGUAUUGACGAAAAAAUAAUGUUAUUAAUUUUUAAAAUAUUAAUUUCAUUGGUUGGAAUUAAACGAAUAUUUAAUUUUA